AUGGCGCCCAAUACGACCUGCCAUCUGCCAAACGGCCAGAACCUCACCGUGACGCCCGUCUUUGGUGGGCUGUAUUUCAAGUCGAAUGAACUUGCUGGGCAUCAUGGAGCUGCUUUUCCACCUGGAUGGACCGUGGUUCUCAAUUCUGAGGACUCGGACUCGGACGACGAAGACGACUACAAUGGCCGAGAUCCCUCCGGCGACCUAGAUAUCCCGCGCUCGUCGCUGGAACCGCGACCAGUCAGCUACCCAAGCUCUCGGGCAGGGACGCCCAAGUCCGCGUCGAAGCCGCACAUGGUGCAUCGCUAUACGAGGCCAACUUUGCGCUCCGAUCACCUCUUCAUCUCCUCUAUAUCGCAGCCCAACAAUGCGGAUUUCAAGCCCGUCACCUCGCCGUCGAGGCAGAUCGCCAUGAUGUUGUGGGCGACCCUGUGGUGGUAUUUCCAUCAGCCCGAGCCAGAUGCGCGGCUCCAUACAAAGGCUUCCGAGCAUACGAAGGAGCAGGGUAAGCCCAAGGGCGAGUGGAGGAUCAACAUCAAUCGGGAAGGCGUGUUCAAGAGUAAGGUUGUGCUGCCCAAGCUGGAACGCAUGGGCUUGAUAUCUUCGGAGGAGUCGUACGUGGGCAGCGAGGACGGCGAGAAGACGGGCGAAGGGUGGAAGAAGAUGUUUGUGAGCAGGCGGGCAUUCUGGCAGCUCGAUGCGCGUAUCUAUCUUUUCACCAUGGCCCCAACUUCGGGAUCGCCCUUCCCAAGCUCGACCCCGGUGCACUCAAGACCGGGUUCGCCAAACAGACAAGUCGACGAGAGACGUGAGAUUGGAGCCUCCUCAUCGGUCGGCACUUUCACACCCACCGGUGCAGCUCAUCAUCACAGCGCUUCGAAUCCGUUCCACUCGUCUAGCCACCUGCCCACGUACUAUCCUCCCCCACCCACGCAAUUUGUUAUGACGGACGGAGUCAUUCAUCCCUUGCGACCAAAGCCCCCAAGACCAGGCGAGACGUUCUACACCCGAUACGUUCCCAGUGUCGGACAAUACCUCUCGUUCCGUGCUGCAUCAUCCUCGCUAAAACCGCACGUACACAACGGUCCGGUCAGCAGCCCCCCUCUGGCGGCUAGUAUCAAAGAACGCCACUCCGACAGCAUUGUAUCCACCAUGCAAGGCCUCAAUAUUCAGGCCUGUGACUGUGAGCUACUGCACAAAUGGAUGAACCAGCCCCGCGUCUCCGAGUUUUGGGGCACCGCUGGACCUCAAUCUGUGCAAGACGAGUUCUUACGCAAAGCUCUGAAGAGCAAGCACAGCUUCCCUGUCAUUGGAUGCUGGGAUGGUAAACCGUUUGGGUACUUUGAAAUUUAUUGGGUAAAGGAGGAUCAGCUAGGAAGGUAUGCAAUUGAUGUGGGAAAUUAUGAUAGAGGAUUGCAUGUUCUUGUAGGGGAGGAGGAGUUCAGAGGCCCUCACCGCGUGAGAAUCUGGUUGAGUGCCCUGGUGCAUUUCUGUUGGUUGGCAGACAAUAGAACGGAGUGUGUAAUGAUGGAACCAAGGGUGGAUAACGAAAAACUGCUCAACUACGCGAUGGAUGUUGGAUUCUAUAAGCAGACGGAGAUUAGCUUUCCACACAAGCAAGCAAAUCUCCUCAGGAUACGACGGGACGCUUGGAACGCUCCUGUACUAUGA